AGGAUUGAAUCUGAUACUUAGAUUCCUAUUACCCUUUUCACUUUUCUCUUUCUCAUCACUUUUCUCUUUAAAGUAAUCGGUUGUCAUUUUUCUAAAAAAAUAAAACCUUUUCUUUUCUUUUCUUUCCUCUGUUUUUAAUUUUUUGGUCAAAAGAGAGCUGAGUAGUGAGAUUGGAUUCAGAGGCUAUAAGGAGGAACCAACAAAACCCUGUUCGUCCUCAAAGAAAAAUUAAUCUGCUGAUCUUUGCAGAAAGCUAGGUGCGAAAGGUACUCUAAUUCCAGAUGGGUGUUGAAGUAGACCAAGAAUCAGCCACCCAAAAUGAAGUUCCAAAAAAAUCCGUAUUCAGAUACAACUCUCCCCUUGUGCAAAUAAUCUUAAUUGGCCUAGUUUGCUUCUGCUGCCCUGGCAUGUUCAAUGCCCUCUCAGGCAUGGGAGGUGGAGGCCAAGUUGACCCCACAGCCUCAGACAACGCCCUCACCGCUCUCUACACCACAUUCGCCAUCUUUGGCAUACUCGGUGGCGGCAUAUACAACAUCUUAGGCCCCCAUCUCACCCUGCUCUCUGCCUGCUUGACAUAUGUUCUCUAUGCAGGCUCUUUCCUUUACUACAAUCACCACAAGAACCAGGACUUUGCCAUUGCUGCUGGAGCCCUUCUUGGUGUCGGUGCAGGCCUUCUGUGGGCUGGCCAAGGUGCCAUCAUGACUUCUUAUCCCCCACCUGAUCGCAAAGGGACAUACAUCUCCAUUUUCUGGAGCAUCUUCAACAUGGGAGGUGUCAUUGGUGGUCUAAUUCCCUUUAUUCUCAACUACCACAGAACUGAGGCUGCUUCUGUUAAUGAUGCUACUUACAUAGCUUUCAUGUGCUUCAUGACCGUAGGAGCUCUUAUUUCCUUGGCUAUUUUGCCCCCAAAUAAGGUUGUCCGUGAUGACGGGACUAGAUGUAGUAACAUUAAGUACUCCAAUGUUUCAACUGAGAUGGUUGAGAUCAUCAAGCUUUUUUUGAACUGGAAGAUGCUUCUAAUAGUUCCAGCUGCUUGGUCCAGUAAUUUUUUUUACACUUAUCAGUUCAAUAACGUUAAUGGGGUGCUGUUUAACUUGAGGACUAGAGGAUUGAACAAUGUGUUCUACUGGGGUGCACAAAUGAUAGGCUCAAUUGGAAUUGGUUACUUGAUGGAUUUCAGCUUCAAGAGUAGGAGGUCAAGGGGUUUUCUUGGAAUUGCAGUGGUUGCAAUUCUUAGCACCGUGAUUUGGGGUGGAGGGCUUGCCAAGCAGGUCCAGUAUAACCGAGAUGAUGUAGCCAAAGACUGGUUUAAGAAGUUGGAUUUCAAAAAGUCAGGUGAUGAUUUUGCAGGGCCAUUUGUCUUGUAUUUUAGCUAUGGUUUGCUGGAUGCCAUGUACCAGAGUAUGGUUUACUGGAUCAUUGGAACUCUCGCUAAUGACUCUGAAACCCUAAGCAGGUAUGUUGGGUUUUAUAAGGGUGUACAAAGUGCUGGGGCAGCUAUUGCUUGGCAAGUUGAUACACGCAAAGUUUCUUUCUUAUCUCAAUUGAUUGUGAAUUGGUCACUCACUACAGUGAGUUAUCCACUUCUGGUUAUUUUGGUCUUCUUUGCUGUAAAGGACAAAUCUGAAGAAGGAGAUACCAAAGAAGGCACUCCUGUAUCGAAUAAGGCCAUUCUUGUUCAUUGACAAACAAGAAUCCUUGAGGAACUUUCAAAUCAGCUUAUAGAUUUUUAAUUGUGAUUAUUAUCUUCCCCAAUUAUCCCCCUCUUAUACAGAUGUUAUUAUCUUCCCCAUGUUUGCCAAAAGUUAGAAAACUAUUUGAGCAAAUAAGAUUUGUGUAAUUUUUCCAAUGAACCACACGUUAAUCAAAAGUUGUUGCCUAGCUAGAGUCAGAAUCUGUAGCCCAGCCCAUAUGUUUCCCAAGCUAUAUUGUACUACAUUUUGUUUUAUAGUUUUGCUUUAACUUAUUGAACUAUCACUA